UCCAUUCAGUCUGGGGUUAGUGCCCAAGCUGUUUUAUCCUCUCCUGCUUUAACAACCCAAUUUGCCCAUGGGGAUCAUUUAAAGUUCCAUCUCAUCUAUGGAAGUUAGGCCGUGGUCUGUUUAAGUGGUGUUUCCAGCUCCUUACCCCCUCCCCCUUCAUCCAUCCCUUUUAAUAGUUUUGACAUUUAAGUGACAUAGAACAUAUAUUUAACCUCUCCGACUCAUGGCCUUUCGCAUUCAGUGCUCAUUUUAAAGCAGAACAUACAAGUCCACCUCUUGUUAUCGUUAUCAUGGAUAAAAAUGACUAAAUUGACUAACUACAAUAAGGUGGUGGAGGCCGGCUCAGACUCGGAUGAUGAAGACAAGCUGCACAUCGUGGAGGAGGAAGGCAGCCUGGCCGACUGCGACAGCACCUUGCCAGACGACGAGCACCCCAGGGAGCGCUGCUGGGAUGGAGUCAAGGAGGAUUGUGUGUCAGACGCUGAGGAUGAUGUGAGCACAGACGCCCUAGUGGAGGAGAUGCUCCAGCAAGGAGACACGGCCGUCAUUUACCCAGAAGCCCCAGAGGAUGAGCCACGUCAGGGUACCCCUGACGCCAGUGUCCAUGACGAGAAUGGAACUCCUGAUUCCUUCUCUCAGCUACUCACCUGCCCGUACUGCGCACGUGGCUACAAGCGUUACAGCUCCCUGAAAGAGCACAUCAAGUACCGGCACGAGAAGACCGAGGAGAGCUUCAACUGCCCCGAGUGCAGCUACAGCUUUGCAUACCGAGCUCAACUGGAGAGGCAUAUGACAGUCCACAAGAGCGGAAGGGAUCAGAGACACAUCACACAGUCGGGAGGCAAUCGUAAAUUCAAGUGCACUGAAUGUGGCAAAGCAUUUAAAUACAAGCACCAUCUGAAGGAGCACCUACGCAUCCACAGCGGAGAGAAACCCUACGAGUGCUCCAACUGCAAGAAGCGCUUCUCCCACUCAGGCUCCUACAGCUCCCACAUCAGCAGUAAGAAGUGCAUCGGCAUCAUCUCAUUUAACGGCAGACCGCGCCAGGGGAACGCCAAAACCCAGGCCCAGGGUCAAUCGCCAGUGUCCCCCACGCCCCCCUCAGUCCUCCGCACCCAGAUUAGGGAGAAGCUGGAGCACAGCAAGCCCCUGCAGGAGCAGCUGCCACUCAAUCAGAUCAAGACCGAGCCUGUGGACUACGAGUACAAGCCAACGGUGAUGACAUCCCCGUCUAUGGCAGCCAUGAACGGGGGGGUUUUCAGUGGAGGUGCUGCAGCUCCUCUACAGGGCACAGUGCAGGCCAUGGUCUUGCCCACUGUGGGGUUGGUGUCACCCAUCAGCAUCAAUCUGGCAGACCUGCAGAAUGCUCUGAAAGUGGCGGUGGACGGUAACAUAAUUCGCCAGGUGCUGGAAAACAAUGCCAAAGGUCAGGGGCAGGUGAACUCGGGGUUAACCACUGGAAUGCUCCAUCCUGGACAGCAGCAGCUCAUCUCAGCCAUCAGUCUGCCUAUUGUGGGUCAGGAUGGAAAUGCAAAAAUUAUUAUAAACUACAGUUUGGACCCCAACCAGGGCCAGCUCACUGCCCAUAACCUAAAGAAAGAGCCUGAGCCCACAUCACCAGGUCAGACCACCAUUGACAACUUCAAGUCCCAGAAACUCCCAGAGGAUCUAACCACCAGAGGCGCCAGGCCCAAUGAGACUAAAGAUAAAGAGGAAAAGACCACUAAAACGUGUCUCCUGUGUGAUAACUGUCCCGGCGGGCUGGAAGCACUCCAUGCCCUUAAGCACUGCAAGAAGGAUGGUCUCCGGCUGAACGGAGCAGGCCUGGAGUCUGAGUCUGCUGUCGCUGCCUUACUGUCAGAAGGAGGACUUUGUAACCAGCCCAAGAACCUGUUGUCCCUCCUCAAGGCCUACUUUGCCCUAAAUGCAGAGCCCACCAAGGACGAGCUGGCUAAGAUCUCUGACUCAGUCAGCCUGCCAACCCAUGUGGUAAAGAAGUGGUUCGACAAAAUGCAAGAGGGUCAGAUAUCACUGGGUGCCCCAACACCUCCCUCUGAGGAAGAGGACACCUGUGAAGCUAACAGUGUGGUGUCUCUGGUCCCAGGGAAGAACAUGGUCAAUAUGAGCCCUUCCAUGACCCAGGACAGCCCUACAGAAGCCACUCCAGCAGAGGUCAACGGCACUCACAGCUCGCCGGACCCUCCAUCGCCACUAAACCUGAGAUCUGGCAGUCCCGUCCCAGGCCAGUCUCCCUUGAGCACUGAGGGACCCCUAGACCUGUCGCUGCCAAAGCCUGCCAGAGAGGAAGCGGAGAGAGGGGUGGCUAAAGCCUGCGCUCACCCCUUCUCUUCCUCUGGCUCCACCAAUGCGGAUGAACCUCUAAACUUAACUUGCACAAAGAAAGAGGCAUCGGCCCUCUCAGCCAUGGGCCCCAGCCCCAUCGCACUGUACGCCAGCCAGCCAAGUGCCAAACCCCUCGACAUUGUGACCACAAUGCAAUGCCUAAGGGCACUAGCCACUAACAACAAACAGACUAUCCUGAUCCCCCAGCUGGCUUACACCUAUACCACUACAGCCAACAGCCCGGCGGGGACGGAGACGCAGGAAACCAUCCACCUCAACGGAGUAAAGGAGGAGAAACACGACACAGGAUCAGAGGGCGUGUCCACCGUAGAGGAGCAGAACGACUCCGACUCGGGCCCUCCGAGGAAGAAGAUGAAGAAGACGGACAGCGGCAUGUACGCCUGCGACCUGUGCGACAAGAUCUUCCAGAAGAGCAGCUCGCUGCUGAGACACAAAUACGAACACACAGGGAAACGGCCUCACGAGUGUGGCAUCUGCAGCAAGGCCUUCAAACACAAACACCACUUGAUCGAACACAUGCGGCUCCACUCGGGGGAGAAGCCUUACCAGUGUGACAAGUGCGGCAAGCGCUUCUCCCACUCGGGCUCCUACUCCCAACACAUGAACCACCGCUACUCCUACUGCAAGAAGGAGACGCAGGGCCAAGGCGAGGGCCGCGACAGCCCCGAGGCGUACGCCGAGGCCCCGGCCGAGAUGGAGGCCCUGGGCCGGGCGCCGCGGCACCUGGCCGCCGCCCAGCUGGACCUGGACGAGCGAGGGAGCAGCACCAGGGAGGAUGAGGAGAGCGAGGAAGAGGAGGAGGAGGACGGUGUGGUGGACAUGGACGACAUUCAGGUGGUGCAGAUAGGGGACGAAGGAGGGGAUGAGGAGGAGGAGGAGGAGGAAGAAGAAGAAGAGAGGAAUGGGAAGGAGAUAGAGAGAGUGUUGGUGGAGUUAGGAGAGGAGGAGAAGACAGAAGUCGAUGUGGAGGAGAAAGAAGAGGAGGCUGACACAAGGCAGGAAGAGUUGCUCGGGAGCAUUCGGGAAGAGGAGGAAGUCCAGAUGGAUACAGAAGAGGGGCGGAUGGAAGAGGGGGAGGUGACGGAGGAGAGCGGAGGCGAGACACACGAGAACACAGUUUCUGAAGAGCAGAACCUGACGCCGCAGGAGAAAGGAGAUACUGACUGAGGGAGGAAUCCGACUCCUCCGUGAGACACAAUCAGAUUCCUCCUCUCCCCGUGCAGAGGAAGAACGCAGGAGAUGAUGUCUGGUCACUCUGACAGUCCAUUUCAGUUCACUACUGUGUAGAAAUCCAGGUGUGCCUGAAAAAAUACUAGUGACUUUUUUCGCAGGAGAACGGUUUUCUCACUGCUAGAAAAGAAUCAGUUUGUAAAGAAAAAAAAGAUGAAGAUGAACACAAAUUUUAACAAACGAAGGAAAUGCAUUAUACAGACUUUGGAAGCUAGAGCCGACACGUUUUAGAUAAUGUUUUAUUACUAAAACACCUUGGGUCUUUUCUUUUUAUCAGUGUUACUAAUUUUAUCACUCAUAUUUUAACCUUUAAAAGCUGUACAGUUGGGAGAUAUUUCUAUACCUUUUUAUUGCCAAUGAACAAAAAAGUCAGUAUUUUAUUAAGUUGGAAGGAAAAUAAGAAAAAUCCUGUGCACUACAAAUGGCUUGGUUUACCUAUGGAUUGAGCAGUUGAGUCGUGUUGUCUACCCUUCAGUAUUACCGCACUAGAUAUACCACGCCAUCACGCUAGCAUAUGUUAGCAUUACGUUUCUUUUUGAUGUUCUUUUGAUUGGAUUGUGAGCCUUAAGAAGAAAAACAAUGGAGAGCGGACUGGGCUUUCCCGUCGUCAUUUACUUCCUUUUAGACUUUUAGGCUCAUUGUUGUUAAAGUUUCUUAUACAAAUCAGUGUUUCAUAGGAAUAGUUUGACAUUUUGGGAAAUGUACUUUGUUCUGUUUUUAAGGAGAGUUAGAUGAGAGGAUCGAACCCACAUAACUGUCCGAUAAAUAUACGGCUACAGCCAGCAGCCACUUAGCUUAGCUUAGCUUAGCUUAGCCUGAGCACCGGAACAGGGGGAAACCGCUGGCGUUCAUGGCUUUCAAACAAAAGUGGCAGUUGGUCAAGGCUACACCCCCCCAGCCUCCACCUCGUAUUGUAUUCCAAACGACAAUUAUGGUCUGUUUUGAAAUCCGGGAGCAGACAACCCCAUGUGACGCGUUCGCCCAAUCAGGUGCAGCCAUCGGGUGUAGCCUAUUUUCUUUGCAUGUCAGUGGUCAGUGAAGAGAAACUGAUAACUGCUGGUGGCAAGCCCACUGCCAUGCAAUGCUGGGAAGUGGGGCGACAGCCGCCGUGAAAACAACGCCUGUAUGGACACGACCACCAGGGGAAAAAAGCAAGAUAUAUUAUAUUGUAAUUCAUUCCCAUGCAAGCUGCUCAGAGUAAUCCCAGUCAGCAGCAUUUGGUCUCUCUGCUUCUCCUACUGCAUUACAUGUAUGCAAAUGUUAAGUGAUGAUGUCAACAAUGUUUAAAUGACGUCAUCUGGCGCAUCUAGCAACUUUUGGAGCUUGUGCUAGCCACCUUCAUUGGAAAAGAGUUGGCAACACUGGUUGUGACUUCCAUAAAGAGCCAGGCAGGUUGUUUUUAGGCAUCUAAUAUUUAGCUGCAUUUUUACCCCGACAGAUAGGAGAGUGGUAUUAAUCUUCUCAUCUAAUUCUCAUCUAGCAACCAAACAAGCAUAUUAAAAAUGAAUUAAAAAAAGUCAAACUGUUGCUAUGUUCAGAGCGAGCAGGGGAUUUGGAAAACUGUCCCCUCCCUAUGCCUACAAACCACUCCGAGCCAUAUGCAAAAAAAGAAAAUCAAACUAGAACAAGAGAAACAUGCAUAUCAAAAGUGCCAUUGAAUAUUGCUGUUGAAG